UUUAUGCCCUGUUUAAGAAAUCUUUACCUACUCCAAGGCCAUGAAAAUAGUCUUCUAUGUUUUCCUCUAGAAACUAUGUUUUCCUCUAGAAGUUUGAUUGUUUUAACUUUGAUGUUUAGGUCUGUUAUCCACUUCAAAUCAAUAAUGCUGUUUUUGGCCCCAGUUAUUUUAUAGCAAAAGCUAGGCAUUUUACAGUUAUGAAAUGAAAGUCUUAAUUUGAAUAUGUUAGAUUCGAUCAUUUUAGCAUCAGCAUUUUUUUUAAAGUAACAAUGACAUGAAAUACUCGUUCUUCCUUUUCUCUCUACAUGUUCAUUUGGUAGCAUGUGAUAUACAAGGUAAAAUAGAAAUAUACUUUUUCUACAACUUGGUCAGGAUAGGUCAGGAUAACUGACCUUUCAAGGAGAGUUAAUACUAGACUUUGAAUUUGUUGUUUUAUCUACAAUUGUCAGCAAUUCACCUGUGCCUCACAGUCUAUAAUUUCCUUGUUAAACAUUUAAUCUGGGGAGGGGGUGGAAUAAUUUAUUUAAAAAAUAGGGUAGGGUAGGGUAGGAAGAACUAGAAUAGUAAGGUGGGCUGUGUUUGAUCUAGUGUACUUAGAUAAGUAGUCUUGAUAUUUCUUAACCUUUACCUUAGUACAAGGAAGUUGGGAAAUCAGUAUUUGAUGGUUAGGGGGAUUACUCUUGCUAUAAGGCAUACUCUGCUUUUUUCCCCUCAAUCAACAAUAAUACACAGUUGAGGCGUUUGAAAUUAAUUGCAUCUAAAAUCUCUUCUAGUUCUUGCCUUCUAAGAUCUAUAAUCUAUAUAGGAAGGCAUUUAAAAACAUGAUUUAAAUUCUCUGAAACAGCAAUGAAACUCAGGAGGUGAAUCCUGCCUCUCUUACUGUGUCACUGACAUUGUGCCCUUGGGCAAUUACUUGACUUUUACAUUUUUUGUCAUUCUUUGUGUCUUGGAGCUUGUCCAUAAAAUGGGGGAAAUAAAUGCCAUUGUACCUAAUUAUCUUCCAGAAAUGUUAUGAGGUAGAAAGGAAUCUCUUUGCACUACUAGGCUGAGUGUUUGUUGCCACAUUUUUUGAGGACCACAGGCACACAAAAACAGACUGAGAAGAAAGCUCUCGCCAUGGUCAGGGAAUUCAGCGGUAACGUCUGAGUAAUAACUGAUCCUUUAUGUUCCCGGAAAGCUGAACUAGGGCCUGAAAUGGGCAUUUCAGGAAAUUUGAGUUCAGCUACAUUUAAGGAAGAAUGCUCUUUAACCACUAGAGUUUUUCUGAAGUGGGAGGGAAUAACUUCUGUAUUAUUGGAAGUGUCGAAGCAGCAGCAGCUAUACCACCCAGUGAGGGAAUAUUAGAGGAAGGUCAAGCAUCAGGUGGCAGGAGAAGGAGGGUAAGCUAGUUAGGAUAACCAUUUCAAUCCUAACAUUCUAAUUUCGUUGGUUACAGGAAUCAUUUUCAUUCUACAGAACUGUUUUUGUAACGGUAGAAUUCCAGGAAUGAUUGUAUGUGGUGGUAAUAAAGAGAAAUGAUAUACAACCUAAUGUAGACCUGAAAAGCGCUCAGGAGCAGUCUGUGCCCACAGAAAGUCCAACAGUUUUGAAUGACUACAAUUUAACCAAACCUCAUGAAAUAGAAAAUGUGGACAGUGCAGAAGGACCAACCAAUGAAGAUGAAGACAUAGGAGAUGAUUCGAUGAAAGUGAAAGAUGAAUACAGUGAAAGAGAUGAGAAUGUUUUAAAGUCAGAGCCCAUGGGAAAUGCAGAAGAGCCCGAAAUUCCUUACAUCUAUUCAAGAGAAUAUAAUGAAUAUGAAAACAUUAAGUUGGAGAGACAUGUCGUCUCCUAUGAUAGUGGCAGACCAACCAGUGGAAAGAUGAAUUGCGAUGUGUGUGGAUUAUCCUGCAUUAGCUUCAAUGUCUUAAUGGUUCAUAAGCGGAGCCAUACUGGUGAACGCCCAUUCCAGUGUAAUCAGUGUGGGGCAUCUUUUACUCAGAAAGGUAACCUCCUCCGCCACAUUAAACUGCACACAGGGGAAAAACCUUUUAAGUGUCACCUCUGCAACUAUGCAUGCCAGAGAAGAGAUGCGCUCACCGGGCAUCUUAGAACCCAUUCUGUCGAGAAACCCUACAAAUGUGAGUUUUGCGGAAGGAGUUACAAACAGAGAAGUUCCCUCGAGGAGCACAAGGAGCGCUGCCGCACAUUUCUUCCAAGCACCGACCUGGGGGACACCGCAAGCGCGGAGGCAAGACACAUCAAAGCAGAGAUGGGAAGUGAAAGAGCUCUUGUUCUGGACAGAUUAGCAAGCAAUGUGGCAAAACGAAAAAGCUCAAUGCCUCAGAAAUUCAUUGGUGAGAAGCGCCACUGCUUCGAUGUCAACUAUAAUUCCAGCUAUAUGUACGAGAAAGAGAGUGAGAUGAUACAGACCCGAAUGAUGGACCAAGCCAUCAAUAAUGCCAUCAGCUAUCUGGGCGCCGAAGCCCUGCGCCCCUUGGUCCAGACGCCGCCUGCCCCCACCUCCGAGAUGGUCCCAGUGAUCAGCAGCAUGUAUCCCAUAGCCCUCACCCGGGCCGAGAUGCCCAAUGGUGCCCCUCAGGAGAUGGAGAAGAAGAGUGUCCACCUUGCAGAGAAGAGCGUGCCUUCCGACAGAGGCCUGUCCCCCAACAACAGUGGCCACGACUCCACGGACACUGACAGCAACCAUGAAGAACGCCAGAAUCACAUCUAUCCGCAAAAUCACCUGGCCCUUCCCCGGGCCCGCAACGGGAUGCCACUUCUGAAGGAGGUCCCCCGCUCUUAUGAACUCCUCAAGCCCCCACCCAUCUGCCCAAGAGACUCCAUCAAAGUGAUCAACAAAGAGGGGGAGGUGAUGGAUGUGUAUCGGUGUGACCACUGUCGCGUCCUCUUCCUGGAUUAUGUGAUGUUCACCAUUCACAUGGGCUGCCACGGCUUCCGUGACCCCUUUGAGUGCAACAUGUGUGGAUAUCGGAGCCAUGAUCGAUAUGAGUUCUCAUCUCACAUAGCCAGAGGAGAACACAGAGCCAUGCUGAAGUGAAUAUCUCGUCCCAAAGAUUGUCCCAGAGUGUUCAACAUCAUUUUUUAAAACCAGUAACCCCACCUAACAGAUUGCUCUCAAAACAUGCUCAGUUCCAAGCUCCUUUUCAGACCCUUUAGGGUGGUGUUUACACGGGUAGCCAGAGAAACACUGUCUUCAUUCAGAAAUUAUAUGCAGGUCUAUCAUGUUA